AUGGCAUCAUGAAAUUUUUGUCUUUGGCGUUACAUUUUCCAUUUGGUGAGCCGUAAUUCUUAUAUUUACGACAGGCCAUGAAUGUUGCAGCGCCAUCAUGAUGUCAGUGGGAAUUUAGCAGCUGUCACGUUGUUUAGACUCCGUGGGAACGACGCGCACUCUGGUUACAUUACUUACAUUCUACUUUUACGAGACUUGACCACGAUGGCCCGCGGGCAACAGAAGAUCCAGUCGCAGCAGAAAAAGGCUAAGAAGCAGGCUGAGCUGAAGAAGGCUAAGGGGCACGACCAAAAGACUGCGGCCAAGGCGGCGUUGGUCUUCACCUGUGCCGUGUGCAGGUCGCAGAUGCCCGACCCCAAAACCUUCAAGCAGCACUUUGAGAGCAAGCAUCCCAAGUCUCCUCUUCCCCCUGAGCUGGAGGGCGUAGAGGCAUGAAAAAAAAAAAAACGCCUUUCCCCUCUUCCAUCACAUGGAUUACGCUGAUUUCUCAAGGCCAUGCUCAUACCAGCUCUACACUCUUCCUUGGUCUAAGAGUGACUUUGCCAACUGGGAAAUCGAAGUAAAUGAAGGUUUGAUUCCCCCUGUCGACAAGACUUCAUGUGUCGUGCACAUGGAAUAAUUGUCGUACUGAGCCGUCAUUGAUAAUUAUGUGACAAUUUAACUUUUCCCCCAUUUUAACACUACUAUUGCUCCAGGUUUUGACUUGAUUUGGGGGGGCUUGCACGUUGUUUAGCUGUAAUUCAGGGCAACAAUUAUUAUCUGGUAAGAGGGAUCAUAUUCCUAACUCACGUGGUUGUUAACACUGUAUUCGUUUUACCUCGCUAAUCCUAAUCCUCAAUGUUGGCUAGUCACUAACCAGCCAGGCUGCUACUUUAAAAAAUGCAAAGAUUUAACAAUUUACAUGAAAGCGUCAGGAACUGGAAUGUAUGCUCACUGCUGUAUUAUAGCGUUUUAUUAAAUUUUACUUUGUGGUAUA